GCUUUAGAUAAUUAUCUCACCUUAUCCUCUAUAGUUCAUUAAUAUAUCAUAACAUCAUCUCGGACAGUCAGGCUUAUCGUAUUUUAGAAAAACGCAAUAUACUCAUACAAUUAUUAGUCUUUCUGGUCAAGAUGGAAAGUCCUUUUAUCAGACGUCCACUUUUCAUGAUCUUUCUUUUGCACUUGGAUGCUGGUUUAUCAACUCUGGGGAGUUUAGAUACCAACCGUGUUAUGUUUAAUACCUUGCCAUGUAACACUAUCACCACUGCACACGGGACCUCUAUUGGCCUGGUACCCAAAGCGGUAACUGAUGGACAGUUGCCAGAGAUUGGUAGGAUAGGAGCAGCAAACAGUGUCGUCUGCAAACUUCCGGCGUGCCUUUCUCAACCUUGCCUUAAUGGAGGGAACUGUGUGGAGACCCAUCUAGGCUUCGCAUGCAAUUGCGCUCAGGAUUUCUAUGGCGUACAAUGUGAGAAUCGAUAUUGCCCAGAUACCUUUAGUCAUUUUCGAGGCAAUUGCUAUAUCUACGUAAAAACUACGGUGGACUUUGACACCGCGCUAUCUUACUGUCGAGCUGCCGGAGAGAAUGUAGAUCUGGCUUCUGUUCAUAGCACCGAGGAGUUGGAUUUCAUGACGAGCCUUUGCGAAGCACACUCUGACUGUACCUACUCGCAAUGGAUCGGCCUCAAUCGGACUUCGUACUCCGUCCCGUUCGGGUGGACGGAUGGGACGCCCUUCAACUACACGGCCUGGGGGAAUAAUGAACCAUCUAGUGAUGGAAGUGACUUCUGGGCAGAGCUCUGCGUAGAGAUGAUCUUUCCCGGUGUGAAAGCGAUGAAUGCAACAAAUCCCAAGGAUUCUCACAUUGAACAUGCAAAAUGGAACACCAAGAACUGUAAAGGUUACUACAUCUCAUAUGCUUGCAAGUUUCCACUUGACUAAAUUUACAGACGUUGUUAAAAGUUGGAAAUCACUGUAUGUAAUGUGGGCUUUCCAAAUUGGCAGGACAGUGCAGAUUCAUUCAUAAAACCUCUUUUUCCGAAUUGAAGAUGAUGACAAUGAGGUAUAUGGUCGAAAUCACAUUACUUUCCAUGUUCAUGACGUUAUCAUUUAGUAGUAAGCAAUAGAGUAUUUUUUUUCUCUGAAGGAUCUCCUGCGCAAAGUACAUGUAGGAUAGGAGAGGAUGAUGUGAUGAUAGAAUAAACGGGUGUAUGGGUCCUAUAACUCAAGAACAAUAUUAAAGGAAUCACGAAAUUAACGGCUACUCUACAUUAUUAUUGCAUUGUCUUGUGUCUUGAGCUAUGCAAGGGACAGUGAAUAUUUAAAAAUGCAUACAUCGACAGAUAGAGCACGAAGUUAUUGAUAUCUUCAUGCAUAGACUUCUACAGAAUUAUGACUCCUUAUAAAGUCUUUCGAUAUAUUGGCUAAUUGAUGAAUGAUUUGAGGAGCAAACUCUAUUCUGUUUGUGGUAUUUUGGGGGCUAUUUUUUCUUACAGAAAAUACCUUAGGCAAAUAAAGUUAUUUAGACUACCGUAUUUAUCAUGCUUGCAAAUCAUUACGGCUGUCUCUUUCGUUCAUGAAAUUUCAUUGCAUAUAAUUGUCACGUCUCCUUUGUGUUUUUCACUGAAUGACUAUGACUACAAAUUACUUGAUUCUAAUGAUAUUGAUUUGUUCUGUAGUAAUUUUGUAGUUAUGUUUAUACUCAAUAGUAUAUGCAUAUAUAUGAUGAAAUGAACGCAUCGAUAAAUUCAGACUCAACUCAAACAUGGACUACAUAAUGGAAAUCCUAUUUUUUGAAACAUUUGAUACGAUCCUGAAUGUUGUUUUGAUUCAGGUGAGUGGGAUGAUAAUAAGUUCGAGAGAUUUAUAUGUCACAUAAAUUUUGCAACAGUCAUGCCAUCUGCAAAAUGUUGUCAAUGAUGUUGACGAAUAAUGGAUUUUAUCGAUAUGAGUUUCUUGCUCAGUAGUUGUGAAUUGAUUCAUGAAAUAAAGUCAA